AUGCUCCAGUACAAGGCAGAAGGUACGUUCCUUUGGGUAGGAAUUGCGUGCGAAGAGUUGAUGCGGGUGCAAUCCAUGAGAGCAGUCAAGACCCUACAAGCUCUGCCGCGCGGAUUAAGCGCUCUUUACCAAACCCUUCUGAGCACAGCCAUGUCAUCAGGGGAUGAGGACGACCGAGAUUUUAUCGUCAAGAUCCUAACUUGGGUGGCCUAUUCGCAGAGACCAUUGACUCUGGACGAACUAUCUGAAGCCUGUGAGCUAUUCCCCGAAGAAGAUGAAGAAACCCGUUGUGUUUUCACUCGAGAUACCAUUGACCUAUGCCGUCUGAUGGUAAUCGUUCAGGAUGAGCAUGUCCUGCUCUUGCAUACCUCUGUCAAGGAUUUUCUCGUGAACAGUACCAAGGAAAUCGAUUUCCUAGAGGCAAAUUCUGCUCUCUCCUAUCGAUGCAUCAACAGGCUCAUUCAGAGCUACGGCUCAAACGUCGCAGCUGGAGAUGCGCAAUUCAACCGAGGAUUUCUGAAAUAUGCUGUUAUGUACUGGCCACGCCAUGCGCAGCUUGCGGGAAGCAAAUUUGGUAUCAGACAAGAUCAGGCAUACUUUUUCCAGAACCAUUGGAAGAACUGGCUUCGAAGUUAUCAGGCUGCGAGCCCAUCUCGCAGUGGAUUCGAUGCGAGUUUCUCAGCCUUUCAUGCUGCGGUUCAUUGGUCACUGCCCCAACUUCUGUCAUCAAGUAUCGAAAAUCCAGAGCAGAAUUUUCUUGAUUUGUUUACAGUUCAUGGACUUGCUGCAUAUGUGGAUGCUAACUUCAAAGAUUCCGAAGGGGUAACACCCUUACAAGAAGCUAUGAGGCAUCACGAAACUGAAAUCAUCUGCCUAUUUCUGUCGAAGCUACCACCCGGGUACAUUCUAGAGGCAAGUCUGGUUGAAGAAGUGGCUAGAGACAUGCAGUGUGGCAUUGAAAUCAUGCAACUCCUCAAACAGUAUGGAACACACAUACAAGUCACCGAAGGCGUUGUUAUGGCAGCAGCAGAGAACGAUAGCGAUGGAGGAGAGAUUAUCGCAUUGCUCAUCAUGCAACAAACUUACCCAUUUCCGGUCACGGAGAAGGUCCUAUCGCUUAUUAUGAACCGUUUUGGCAAGCCGAUGGUGACCCUGCUUCUUGAACAUCGGGGGGAGCAGAUUCAAUUCACAGAGGCGAUGCUGGCAUCAAUGGUUGUGCAGUUGGACUCGACAGUGACAACACUUCUCCUCAACCGGUGCGGACAUCGGUGUCUCAUCCCGAAAAGGGCCGUCAGUUCGAUAUUGACAUUCUUCGAUGGGAAAGUGGCAUCCCUGCUUUUUGAGAAACAAGGGGAGCAGAUUGAAAUUACCGAAGAUACUCUCGUGGCUGCAGCGAGCAAUGCGGCACAUGGGCAUGAAAUUAUGAAGAUUCUGAUAAGCCAGAAAUAUGAUCGGCACAGAAUAACCGGGCGUGUAUUCGAGGCAGCCGCUUGUAAUCAGACCAGUGGACAGGAUAUCUUGACUCUGCUUUUUAGGUACGGGGAGGGCCAGGUUCAAAUCUCCCAAAACGAUGUUUGCCUGAUUAUGGAGUAUUUCGACGCGAACAUGGUCGCGCUUCUUUUUGCAAAAUGUGGACACCAAAUUCCUGUCACUGAAGACGUGAUCGUAGCCGCAGCAAAGAAUUACUUUGAUAUCGAAAGAGUCAUGACCCAUGUUAUUGAUCGCUGGGGCGAUCAAAUUCAGAUCACAAGACAGCUGGUGCAAAUCUUGCUCCGCAAAUGCCAACGCAUGCUACAGGGACUACUGGAUUUCCAGAAGCAAAACAGCCCGGACGACAACCAUCAUCUAAGAAGGAAGAUCAUAUUAGCAGCCUUGUUACAUUUGUACGGUAUUUUGCCGGACUCAAACUUUGAUAAAGCAGUCAAGCCCUUGGAUCCGGCACUGGAGUUUCUCGAAUCAUCUAUAUACCAGGUUUGCAGCAUGAAAACUGUACCGGACUACGUGCCUACCCCCGCUAUCUUACUGCUUAUUCGAAAAUGUGAGUUUGAGGUCAUCAGUUACAUACUCGCACUGUGUGAGUAUCGGGUUCUGGUUACUCACGAUUUGGCUACUGCACUGGCGGAGAAAGGAGCACUUGGAGUAACCAUCAUGAUGUUACUGCUCCGACCAGACUCCCUCCAUGUGAGGUUCGAUACUGCUAGUCUUCUGGUAAUAUGCCGGAGAUUUGACCCUCAAAUUCUCGCUCUCCUAAGGAGCAAGGGAGUUCUCAUCCAGUCUCCCUCGGUAAUGAUCGCAGCAGCUGCAGGCAACUGGACCAGUGGGAAAGGCAUGGCACAUGCUCUGUGCGAGGUGAACGGCCAACGCUUGGAAUUGACAGACGCUGUGGCACUAUCAGCUAUCGGCAACUGGAGAAGUGGGGAGGAAUUCCUUACAACUCUGCUCCAACAGCCUUGGGGUCGCAUUCGACUCACGAAAACAUUCACGAUGGUAGUCUGCCGACAUUGUAGUCAGACUCUUGUAUCUUUGUUGAUAGGUCGAUUGGCUGAUGGUUUAUUCAAGAUAGCUAUGGGCGCGCUGGCGACAUUAUGCGAACGAUUUGAUGCCCGUCUCAUUGCCAAGUUACUCAACAAAUGUCACGGACUUUUCACAAUUUCAGAAGACAUACUUGAGUCUGCUGCGCUGAACUGGAGAUACGGGGACGAGGUCAUCGCACUGUUGAUUCAGACAGCAGAUCCACGGACUCCAAUCACAGAGGAGACAAUGGUGGCCGCAGCAAGCAACUGGUACUGCGGAGCGAAGAUCUUGGAUGUCUUACUCUCCAGAAGGGAGAAUGUACCGAUUACACAGCGUGUUUGCCGGGCAGCAGUGUCAAAUUACUACUGCGGGGAGGCUGUCCUCAAGUCACUUCUGAAACAACCUUGCGACCAUCAUAUUUUCAUCACUGAGGGGAUAUUAAUGGCCGCAGCGAAGAAUUCUCAGUGUGGUCUCAAAAUCCUGCAGCUCUUGCAUGACCAUUUUGGUCGGAUCCCAAUCACCGAGAAUUUGUUUCAUGCCGCAAGAACAGGACCCGAUCAGUUUGGGGCAUUAGCAAUCUGUGAUCUUCUCUUCAGUUGGACGGGGGAGCAUUGA